AGCGGAGGGUGAAUUUAUUUGAGCACACGCUGUCAGGAUGAGCUGAUGUGAGCGCUGCAUCAAGUGUGCGGCGGUGAUGCUCCCGUAUAAAACAGUCCGCUGUAUUUUGGCACAGAGGGGGAUGCAUCACUUUAACCCUCGGCUCUGCCCUCCGGACUCGCCCAUACCGUAUUCAGCCUAGAUAAGUUGGAGGGGAUGUGUGAUGCUAUUGCGAGGAUUCCUGGCACCGCAAGAUAUUCCUGAGGAUCUCUCCCCCUGUUCGUGUUUUUUCUCCAACUUCGAUGGCUUGAGUGGCCCAUUUGCACUCAUGCUUGCAGCCGAGGAGGGAUGUAAGGUACGGGCCAUCUACCGCCCUCACAUUGCACGGAGUAGCGGCGUGAUUCAGGUCGCUAUCUGAGUGCCAACAAGAAGACGCAAAAACUACUUUCGAGAUGUGAAUUAUCGAGAUUCGCUACUCAUUCCACCUGCUCGCCUGUCCUAUGCUAUCGACAGCGGGAUUUCAAGAGGAAAAUGAUUGUGGCAUAAACUAUUUCUGGAGACGCCUGUCACAGAUUUCGCCGCUGAACUGGAGAGGGUGGAUGGUUAUUUCCCAAACAGUUCAAGCCUAUGUAUACUGCAUUCAUUUGUUGGAAACGCUGCCUACUAUCUUCGAGAACAGCGCAAGAGGAAUGCUGGUCCAAGAUCUAAUGCCAUUUACUUUAAGUUUUUGGCCUUUUUUCUUCGGUCAUUGCCUCCUCUCACUAUUUUUACUCUCAUGCCAGGGAGAGCUCCAGAGGUCAUGCUCGCGGACUGUGGCGGAGAAAGUUAGCGAACAGUGCCAGUUGGCAUGCCACUGUAGAAGAUAUCCGCCCCUUCCUCCACCGCCGCCUCCGCCGCCUCCCCCACGGCUACUGGGCACCACAGUGGCAGAGCCCAUGGUGCCCUUGUUGAGGCCCUGGUGGAUGGAGAUGGACAUUAUAGUGCUUGGAACGGUGGGCUGUGCCUCACUUGUCUUCCUCCUCUCAGCCAUCAUCAUCUGCUACAAGGCUAUCAAGAGGAAACCACUACGGAAAGAAGAGAACGGGACGAGUCGAGGGGAGUACGCCAUGAGCAUCCGUAACAAGAAGGCCAUGGGUACGAACAACACUGUGGUAUAGACUGCCUCAUGUCGCACAGGGAGUGACGUCACCAUAGUCUCCCACCUUAUACCGAAUACCAAUCCCUUCUCACCCAGAAUGCAACAGGGUUUUACCCGAGGUUUUCUUAUAGGUUAACCUUCCCCACCCCCCAUUUGCUUGGCAUGUUGCCCGGACUGAAGACACCAUCGGGCUCAAGAGGAGCUCAAAAGAUGGAAGUAACAAAAAAAAAUCAAAGCAGGAAGGACGGAGAGAAAGAUCCACAAACCCCCAUGGUGUCGAAAGUGGCACAGCAGGCUGAACAUUAUGCUCUUAGUAACAGCAAGUGUUGCUGACAGGCUGGUUGGCUGCUGGCUGGAGAGGGACUGUCUGCCAGUCCGCCGCAGAUCCAGACCUCACACACACACACACACACUGUUGACAUCUGCAACGGAACAACAGACAAUACAACAGCCCCGCGGUCCCCACGGGGGGGGCGGCCACACGGGACGGCCGAUCACACGCGACAAAUAUCAUGCAUGCAGUUUUUACAGAGAAUGCAACAUUUUUUAUAUUCCAAUCCUCACGCUGUCCAUCUUUUGUUCUCCAUUUUUGAGACAGAUGCCUCGCGAGAGGCAUGAUGUCACUGCCGGUCCUGGCUCUGAGAUGUGGAUUCCUCUGACUAUGCAAUUUAAAGAAAUCCAUAUUUAAGAAAAAAAAAAAUGAAAAAAAAAAACGAGAUGGGAGCAGCGACAUCAUCAUGGGACAUUCUGGUUAUUUUACCAUGCCAAAAAAAGAAAGAAAAAAAGCCAGCGAAGACUUGGGCUCAGUGUAAUAUAUUUCCGUCAUCCAUGUAUUUAUUUGCUCUAUUUAUUUACUUGUCUAUUGUUGAAUUUAUUUUUCUACUUAAAAGAGAAAAAAAAGUCUUGUUAGUUACUCACAUCUUUAUAACAUCUGGCCGAAUCCAUUUUAUUUCUUAAUAGCUGUUUUCUAAGUGAAUAAUUUAUAAACCAUGUAAUUCAUUUGUGAUGCUCCGAUGCUUUAAGCCUGCUGUCAGUUUGUUGAGACACUGAUGCAGAAAACACGCUUGCUCUGUGCAGAGUUUUUUUUUAUCAGUUCUUUUGUCUCUGGGUGUUUCACAUGCGUUUCACUGUUUCCCCGAGACUUCAGCUAAAACACCAGGGGUCUCCACGAUGUGCUGUGUGAAUGUGUGUUUCCACGCGUCGUCAUGCCUGUGCUGCCUCAGUCCCUGUUUGGCAACUCAGUUCGCGCACCUCCACGAGCACCAUCAUCUGGUUAGACCUUGUUCCAGAGUCCUGGGGCCAGCUAGAUGCCUUCACCUGUGUUUUGUCUGGAUUUGACAAUCUUCAUUUUUCUAUCUGUCAAGAAGGGCUUAGCCCAUCACUAUAGAAACAGGGGACAUGAGCCUAGGGCUGACCUUGUGACUGGUGAGAGACGGGGGAUUUAGCCAAUAGCCAGAGAUCAGGUUGCACGGAGGAUGGCCUCAGCAGGGAUGUGUGUGUGUGUGUGUGUGCGUGUGUGUGUGUGUGACUCAGUGCUGUCACAGGCAUCCUCCACAUCCCCGCUGGAAAAAAACACAACUGAGCUGAACUGGAGCAUCACUCAACGCUGCUCUGUUUUUUUGCUUCUUUUCUCUCCCUCUCUCUGUUUUUUUUUUUUUUUACAUUAAACCAAGCGUGUGUCUGUGCGUGCAUGCAUGAGUGCGUGCGUAUGAGUGCGCGUCUGUCUGUGAGCGGGUGUGCAUGCAGAUGAGUGUACUACUCAGUGAGAGUGGGCUGUACUCUGUGUCAGUUAAGUAUAGAUAUUGGCUAAACUGUGGAAAAAUUUGGAGAAAUAAUAAUAAAUAAUAAUAAUAAAAAAAACACAUGCUUGCAUUUAAACAUGCACAGGUAUUAGCUAACAGUAUACCCCACCAUGUACCUAUAUGAGAGAAACGAUGGAUGCAUGAAUGUAAAUAUUGAUAUCUAAAUAUCUGCCUUCUGGACUGUUAAUUCAUGUACAGUGUAACGGAUUUAAGCAAACGUGCUACCAUUUAGAAUUAUGUCAAUGUUGUCAUGUUGAUGGAGCAAGCCAUUAAUGUAUAUAAUUAUGGCAAUCAAUAGUACAUACACAAUUUAUGCAUUAUACCAAACCGAUAAAAAGAUCUGCAUAAGUUGAUUUCAUUGCUGAGUUUUUCAGUUGUAAAUAAAAUUGUACAUAACAA